GACGGCGCCGCCGGUGGCUACCCAUGAAUUUUUCUACCCUCCUCGCCGACCUCCGGCCGCCGCCGCCGCCGCCGCCGCCGCAUCCGAUGCUGGCUUCUUUGGUUCGUGUUCACCUCUACAUCUUCCAAAUCCAAGGCUUGCCUGCUCCUGGAGCUCUGGCUGACUGGUUCCAUGACAUCUCCAUCGCCAUCGCCAUCAAAGCAAAGCAAUAAAUUGGUCAGUUCGUCGUGAGCCCGUGAGGAAAUAUCGCGGCUAGUCUUGUGAUAGCAAUGCGUAUGGCCACACCUCCACCUCCCCUCCAUAUCAACUGCCAGGCGAGGCGACGACUGACUUCCCAGUUCCAACCUUUCUGCCAGGCUCGAGAAUCUUGACUUUGAGAUGAGUGUGUGGUUGACUUGAUCGAUCGGUAUAUCUGAGGAAUCGCCUGCUGCUGCGACUGCGAUUGCUUCUCGCUUCUGAUUUUUUGCAACCAUAAACAGUAUCUACAGAAGAUUCUCAAUACAACAUUGAGAUGGUGCUAUCUAUACAUUUUCCAUAGGUCUUACUAGAAAACAGAAAGUUUUUAGAACAAGCAGUUCGCUUCAUAUAGGGUAUGGAGAAUCAAUCGGGCCAACCGCAGUACACCAUGGCUGAUCAAGGAUUCCGCCCCUUCUCAGCCUUGAUGUCCGCGCCAUCUACUGCGCAGCAGCAUGUGGGUUCUUCAUUCAGCACAGCAGUAGUUCAGGUGGCCGCAGCACAGCAGUCACACACAGAUCAUGGUAACAUUUGCCUAGCUGAUGAUGAUGGCUACUAUUGGAGGAUGACCGGACAGAGUACAACUCAGGGUGAGUCGUCUCCAACGAUAUUAUCCCACUAUCAAUGUGCCCAAGCAAACUGUGUGGUCCAGAAAACAGUGGCAUACACUGCAGAUGUUGAAACAUUUUACAGGGGCAGACACAAUCAUCUACGACAGUCAGAUAGACUGGAGCCAAUGUCUCAAGUUGGUGUGCUAGUUGAGGCAUCAGAUGCAGCAGGGGCUGCGGCUGGACCUUCGGUGCCUGAGACAGAAAAUGGAGAUGAUCAAUCGUCUGGUUCAAGUGAUAGGAAUGAAGACGAUGCUGGUGAUGUAGAAAUGGACGAGGAUGCAGCUGCUGGUGAUCCCAAUGCAAUGCAAAGGAGAAAACUUAAGUCCAAGGUGUGGAAGGAAUUUAAACUUGUGUUUAAGGAUGGAAAGCUCCAUACUGCCAUAUGUAAUCAUUGUAAACUCAGGCUCGUUGCAGAGACUAGAAAUGGAACCAGCCACCUACGCCGACAUCUGAAGAUCUGUCCUGAAAAGGCUGGAACCAGCAGGGUGCAGAAAAAGCGAAGGAGUUCAACUUCGCAGUCACAGCCUGAUUUACCUGUUUCAGAGAACUUGGAAAAUGGUCAAGAAAAUCCUUCACAGAACUUGGAAAAUGGUCAAGAAAAUCCUCUUGAAGAGUUUAUGAGGGCUACGGUCCUGAAACUUUGUCCCUUCCCUGCCAUGUACCGUGCAAGCUUUGCGUCAUUUCUGGCGGGUAGAAAUCCAGCUCCGAAUAUGGUUCCACAAACUACAGUUGAGGACAAGUUUAUUAGUGUUUACGAGAAGGAAAAAUUGAAGCUGAAGGAGAAAAUAAUAGCUACACCUGGCGGAGUUUUCCUGUCAGUGAAUAAGUGGUACUCUGGGAGUUAUGAAACAGGAAUUGUUUGUUUAACAGUGCACUUUAUUGAUGAAGAGUGGAAGAUUAAUAGAAAAACAAUAAGAUGUUGUCUUUCAGAAUCGGAUGGUUUAGACUUGAACUUGUUCCCACACUGGCAAUCCGAAAUUGCUAAUUAUGAGGAUGAUGACAAGAUGGUGUUGAAGAAGGUAGUUCGAGAUUGGUGUCUUGAGCCGAAGCUUUUAGGAGUGACAUUGGAGGGAUCAGUGGAUAAGAAAGCCACAAUAUCCUUGGAGGAUGACCUUACGACUGGAAAGAACUACCUUGUUGCCAAAUGCAAGCUAUUAACUAUCCCUUGUAUGGUAGAUGGCCUCGAUGAUCUUAUGCAAUACACCGUUGGGAGAGAGGUGCGAUCGAUGUGGUCUCGUUACAUGACAAACACUCCCGAGCGUAAGCUGAAAUGUCAGGAAGUUGUAUCACAGCUGCAGCUAGACCGUCCCUCUUUUGGAUCAAAAUACCGGUACUUAACAUUCUAUUGGUGUGAGGCUGCUUUGCAGUUCAUCAAAUCAUUUCCACUUUCAAAUGGCAGUGAACGUCCAUCAUUAGAUGAUCUGGAAGCAACAGAGAACUUUUGCAAGAUUGCAAGGGCAAUCUAUCAUGCAACGAAAGCUUUUUAUGAACCUUAUAACUUGACUUUUAAUUCAUAUUUUCAUGUGAUAUGGAGCUUAAGAGCAACCCUACAAGAAUUACCUAGAAUAAAAAACAUAGAGAGGGUUAUUAAAGUGAAGAAUAUGCAGGAGAAAUUUGAUAACCAUUGGAAGAAGUGGUACUUGUGGUUGUCGAUAGCUGUGGUUCUAGACCCCAGAUAUAAGCUCGCUUUCAUUGAACUUCGUUUCAGAGAAGCUUUUAGUCAAGAUGCUGGAACCUAUAUCUCUGAGGUGCGUGCAAAGUUUUAUGAGCUCUAUAUUCAGUACUCUCAUGUUAAUGAGCAAAGUAAUGAGAUACUGAAUCAAGGCAACAAUGGUUCAGGUACACAAAUUAGUGCUCCAUUACAUAAACAGAGAACGAAUUACACCAUAGCACAAGCUGCACUUGAGGAAUUCAAAGAGCUUUUUGAGUAUCUUGGAGGGGGGCUCUGUCCUCAAAACGAUUCUUUUGAUAUUCUGAAAUGGUGGAAGGAUAAUUCAGCAGCGUACCCAUCUCUUGCUAAAAUGGCACGGGAUAUUCUAGCAAUACCUGGAUGUGCAGUUUCCGCUGAAUCUGCAUUCAAUGACGAUAGUGAUCAUCGGGCAGAGCUAUUUAACGGAAAAUUGGGCCCUGAGACAACUGAAGCACUUAUCUGUGCUCAAAGUUGGAUUAUUAAAUCAUCUGGAACAGCUGAUGCAGAUAAUGGAAAUAAUAUCACAUUAUCUUAACCAACGGUGACCUAUGUUGGCUACCUCCAGCUCCAUUGGUUUGUUGCAAUUCUUCAGCUGGAUUUCCUAUGUAUCACACCUGCAGCCGUCCUACUCUUUACUUGUCGUUGGGCCAUGGUUAUGAACCUAACCAAGAUCAUGUCUUGCUUUACUAUGUGUGAGAAGUUAAAACUUGUUUUCCCAGUAAGGUCAACUUGUUUUCCCAGUAAGGUCAUAGAUCAUGUCUUGCUUUACUAUGUGUGAGAAGUUAAAACUUGUUUUCCCAGUAAGGUCAUUUUUGACGUAAAUGGUUAUGUUUGGGAAUUUCUGCUAUGAAGUUCACACGAACUGCCACUAUUCAGUGUGAAAUUAAUUAUAAUGUGUUUGGAACUAUGAUUAUUAUAAUGUGUUUGGAACUAUGAUUAUUUGAACAAGAAUGUAAUGCAAUGUCAGUAUAUUUUCAAAAGGUUGGAUCCGUUGCUUA